GCUUCUUCGGGAGCGGAUCGAAUGAUGAAAAGUUUAUUGCGUGACAUAAUCGGUCAUUUAUUCAAAAUAACCAAUUUUUAUAAUUUGAUGUAUUUUAAUAUUAUUUUUCAUUUCAAAUAAUAGUGAUCAUGAAGAUAAAUAUAAUUCAAGGAGGAAUGAUAGCAAUGAUGGCUAUUCAAAUUGUUUUUUCUGAACAAGAUCAUGUUCCAACAAUUUUGGGAGAGAUUGAAAAUGUUGCCAAUAGUGCCACCAAUCUUUUUACAGGAAUUGUACAACGACAAAAAGAACUGAUACAUCGUAUGACGGAUACAGCUUCUAACUACAUCACAAGUGCUGUGGAAAAACCAAAGAAUUUUAUCAUCAACGCAACUAGAAUAACUACUGGCUAUAUUGACAGUGCUGCUUCCAAGAGUAUGGAAUUUCCAAUUAGAAGAGUUUUGGAAAAAUUUCGUAACAGAAUGCCUUACGGAAUACCAGAAUUAGGAAUACCACCUUUGGAUCCGUUUGAAUUAGAUGAAAUCGAUAUUGUAAUUGAAAAUCCGGAAAUAGGAAACGUGUCUAUCACUAUCCAGGAUCUACAGUUACACAAUUUGUCGACCUUCAUAAUCAACAAAGCAAAACUAUCACUGAUCGGACCAACAAUUGCAGCAAAUAUUACCGUUCCAAGAAUUUAUGUCGAAGGCUUUUAUAAUAUAUCCGGCGAUCUCAGUCAAAAAUUUCAAUUACACGGUUAUGGCCCUUUUAAAGGAAAUAUACAUGAUUUUCAAUUAUAUAUAAACACUAUUUUGGGUUAUUCUAGAGGAGUGUAUUUAAAGACAUUCGAUCUAGAUUUUACUUUGAGAUAUAUUGAUAUAAAUUUAAAAAAUUUAAUGGAUGAUCAAGAAUUAAACGACAUCAUGAACAAGGUUGUUCAAGAAUUGACGCCGAAGGUCUUAGAUAUUGUCAAACCGGAUAUACUUCCGGAUAUUCAAAGUUAUUUAAGUGCAAAAAUUAAUGAAACUAUUCAUCAUCUCACCAUGAGAGAUAUAAUUAACGUAUUGAUGGGCUAUAAUGAAAUUCGAGAAUUUACAUAUCUUCCAGUAUCUUAAAAUUGAAGCCCAUUUUUAAAAGUUUGAAAAAUAAUCCUGGAAAUUAUUUUUUUAAAAGUUGGAAAAACUAAAACUAUAUUUAUUAUAUUUCAUGUUUUUAAUUUGAAGAAAAAAUGAGAUUUAAUUUUUUUGUUUCUAAAUAUUUGAAGAUUUGGUGCAUAUAGUAGUAAAAUUGAUUGUUGCUUACAAUUUAAAAUUUUUUUAUUUUAUAUAGUUAUUGGAAUGGUAAGUAAUUUUUUGAUAAUUAUAUUGUAGAA